AUGGGACGACAGUGCUACAGUUUAUGUACGGCCGUGUGCGAGGCAAAUGCCCUCCCCACUAUACUUCGCUCCGGCCCCAAAUACACAUAUUUGGACUGCAAAAGGGAUCCUAAGUGUUCCUGUGACACUGGGGGUGCCUGCAUAUGUGCUGGGGCCUGCAAGUGUAAAGACUGCAAAUGCACCUCCUCCAAAAUUAGGUGCUGCUCCUGCUGCCUUCUGAACCAUGCCAAAUGUGCCCAGGGCUGAACCUCCAAAGGGGCAUCAAGCAAGAGUAGCUACCAUGCCUGAAGUUGGGGACACGGAGUUUGAGUGUAACUAGAGCAAAAAGCCAACAACUGCCCGUCCCUGUUGAACCUUGGUCUGUGGUUAGCUCCCGUCUUUGUUCAGUGAAAUGAGAGAGGAAGUGAAAAACGUAAGCAAGAGAUCGACCGGGUUACAGUACAGCGGGCAGGGCAGGGAGUUUGCC